CGUCCCUCCCUGCCACUGGCCGGUCGCUCAGCGACCGCGUCCUGGCUCCCUGGCGUCGCCGGGACCGGAGAAGGGUUUUGCCGGACUUCUCGCAGCCAUGCAGCCCUCGGGGGGCUCCGCUGCCCGGGUCGUGGAGGGAGGACUGGGGGGGUUUGGCAGAGGGCUGGUCCCCGAGCCCUACGACAGCUUCAUGCGCAGCCACCUGCGCUACUACGGCUACUUCCAAGGCCAGAAGGCAGGCGGGCAGAAGAGCCCCAUGUCCCUGGGGGUCCCCUCGGAGCAGCACCCCACCGAGGCACCUGGUACGGGCAGCACCGACCCCAGCUACCUGCGGGGUCCCAGGCAGGAGCCGAGCCCCCCUGGGGUGCUGGAGCCAGCCCCCUCUGCGCGGCGCCGGGGCACGCCGCUUCCCUCGGCACGGCACCGUGGGUCCCCGGGGGAGCCGCGGGCUCUCUUCGCCCUUCCCUCGGCGCGGGGCCCCCUGCCCGCUCCCCGCUGGCCCAUCGAGUGCGAAGUCAUCGAGGAGACCAUCGAGCACAUCGAGUGGGUGCCCCCUGAACCGGAGCCCUUCUGCCAGCCCACGGGCCCUCACUGGGCCCCGGCCGCCCGCGGUGAGGAGCACGGCAUCGUCGUCUACCACCUCAGCCCAGCACCCCGAGGCUCCUGCUUCACCCGCGCUCGGAUCGGGGGGGCCCCGGGUCCCCUCUCCUCGCCGGCAGCCCCCUUGGAGGGUCCCCAGGACACCACGCUGCUCUUUGAAUCCCGCUUCGAGAGCGGCAACCUCCAGAAAGCCGUCAAGGUGGGCCCCUACGAGUACGUGCUGACGCUGCGGCCGGACCUGUACACCACCAAGCACACCCAGUGGUUCUACUUCCGCGUCCAAAACACCCGGCGAGGCCCUCUCUACCGCUUCACCACCGCCAACCUGGCAAAGCCCAAGAGCCUCUACGGCGAGGGCAUGCGGCCGCUGUUCUACUCCCAGCGGGAUGCCCAGAGCCGUGGCAUCGGCUGGCGCCGGGUCGGGGCCGACGUCCGCUACUACCGGGGCGGCGGCAGGGAGGAGCCGGCCGCCUUCCGCCUCUCCUGGACGGCACGCUUCCCCCACGAUGGUGACACCUGCUUCUUCGCCCACUCCUACCCCUACACCUACUCCGACCUGCAGCGCUACCUGCGGGCGCUGGCGGGUGACCCGGUGCGCUCACGGUACUGCGCGGUGCGGGCGCUGUGCCGCAGCCUGGCCGGCAACACCGUCUACCUGCUGACCAUCACUAGUCCCGCCGGCGCGGCGGCCAAGCGGGCGGUGGUGCUGAGCGCCCGCGCACACCCCGGGGAGAGCGGCGGCUCCUGGGCCAUGCGGGGCUUCCUCGAUUUCCUCCUCAGCGCCGACGCCGAUGCCCAGCUCCUGCGCCGGCUCUUCGUCUUCAAGGUGGUGCCCAUGCUCAACCCCGACGGGGUGGUGGUGGGCAACUCCCGCUGCUCCCUGGCAGGCCGCGACCCCAACAGGGCUUACGGGACAGCGCUCUGCGGCUCCUUCCCCGGCGUGUGGCACCUGCGGGCCAUGGUCGAGAGGGUGCUGGCGGAGCGGGAGGUGGUGCUUUACUGCGACUUCCACGGGCACAGCCGGAAGAACAACGUCUUCAUGUAUGGUUGUGACGGUGGCGGAGCCGGGGCCGGGCUGCGGCUGUGCCAGCGCAUCUUCCCCCUGAUGCUGAGCAAAAAUGCCCCUGACAAGUUCUCCUUCCCCAGCUGCAAGUUCAAGGUGCAGAAGAGCAAAGCGGGGACGGGCAGGGUCGUCAUGUGGCGCAUGGGUGUCUCCAACAGCUACACCAUGGAGGCGGCCUUUGGCGGCUCCACGCUGGGUGAGGGGCCGCCACCGGCCGGGGCUGACGGUGUCGGGUGCGUUGGCGGGCGGGUGGGGUGGUCCCCGGGGCUGGGAAGCUGCCGCUUGUUUCCUUUUCCCCUGUCCCCUCCAGGUGGGAGGAGCUCGCACUUCACCGUGGAGGAUCUCAAGUCGCUGGGCUACCACCUCUGUGACACCCUGCUCGACUUCUGCGACCCUGAUCCCGCCAAGUUCCAGCAGUGCCUGUCGGAGGUGGAUGCGCUGCUGCGGCAGCGGCUGGGCCGGGAGCCGGGCUCUGGCGGCAGCUGGAGUGACGUCUCCCCCUCGGAGCUGGAGUCCAGCACCAGCGGCUCCGACAGCUCCGUGUCUGACGGGUCCCCGGCUCACCUCCGUGGCCCGGCCCGGCCGCUGCAGCAAGGGAGGAGGAAGCGGCUGCGGAGCUGGAGAGCGAGGAAUGCCCAGCGCCGGAGAAAUGCUGUCUACUGGAGCCGUGCCAGCGUCCCGGUGCGCCUGGGCCCACAAGCACGGUCCAUCCAGUCCCAGAGGGGACGGCUGGGGCCCUCCAGGACCCGCAGGCAGCCGGCUCUCCCCGGCAUCCCGAGGGGAGGCAGCGCGGCGGGAGAGGAGCCCAGAGCCGGCUCCAGCGUGACCUUUCCCAGCGCAGCCAGAGCAGGGGCUGGCCGCCACGCCGCCACGGGGGGAUCUCAGCUGGACGGUGGCACAAGCGCGGUGUCGCGCCGUCGGCCGCCGCUGAGCAUCCCUCACCCCGGUGUCACCGGUGAUUGCUCACAGGAUACGGCCCCGGGAGCCGAAACAAAGCCGUCCCGGCGGCGGGGAGGGCAGGCGACCGCUGCCCGCAGGCACGGGGCGCGUCCCCCCCUCACCGCCCACGGCAGGGCCUCGCCGCCCGCCGCCCCGCGCUGCUGCGCCUGUGCUCGGCAUUAAAGGCGGUGCCGCCGCGGCCGUG